AAAAUAUAUACGAGAUAGUUAUUAAAUUGUAUUUGGUGAGAGACCAAUAUCAAGGAUCAUGAGUGUAAAACUGUUGAAAGAUACUGCUAACACUAUACGAUUAGGCUAUGAGCAAAGUUGAAUUACCAUUGUAUGACAAAUGGCCAUACAGCAUAAUAUAGUGCAGAGCAUGCACUAUGGAGGUAGAUGAUAAUAAAGAAGCAAUUCAAAUAUUUACAUGAAACAUUCAGAUUCACUUAUUACAGGUACUGUCGACUCUGGGAGGUUGUGGACCUAGUCAAGUAUUCUGCUGGCAGUGCCGAGGGAAAGUCAGUGAGCACAUCAAACAGAUGUGCUGGAGAAAGACAGGGAAUUUUGAGAUUUGCUCAGCGAAAAGCGAGGUACAAAAAGAUUGGAUUUGGUCGAAGAGCGUGUGUUGUGUUCAUGCACAGAGUGUUCAUAGUAUUUUGGAGCGUGGUUGAAUCUUUGGCACUGGCAAGCAAGCAAGCGUCAUCGGCGAAGAGUUUUGUUAAAAGAUUCGAACAGUUCGACAAAUCAUUUAUGAAAAGUAAGAAAGCCAAUGGUCCAAUGACCGAACCUUGGACAAUUCCACAGUGGAUGGGCAACAUCGGAGACCUAUGACAUCCUACUUCAACAAACUGUGAUCGACCACUCAGGUAAUUACAUAAUAGUUUGCAUGCGUUACCUCUAAAACCACAGUGUGUCAACUUUUGGACAAGAAUUUGAUGAUCAACUGUGUCAAAGGCCUUCUUUAAAUCCAGGAAUGCACAACAGACAGACUCCCCUUUAUCAAUUUUUUCAUAGAUAAAUGAAAUAAGAUCUAGGAUGGCAUGGGAAGUCGAGUGAUUGGAUUGAAAUCCGAAUUGGCAUUUGUCGAUCAGAUUGAAUUUGUUACAGAAGUUGAGCAUUCUUUUAUAGACUAAUUUUU